AUGAGAGCAGCUGUACAGGCGGCGCUCCGCCGAGCUAUGUUCUUCUUCCUUCUCUUGGCGGCGACUCUGAACUGCAGUCUUGAGGGGAGGGGAGCCCAUGCGCAGACUCUCCCCAAGGAGGAAAGUGAGUAAUAACGACGAGCGCCCUCCGCUCUGCUCACCCUCGCCAUGGAAUCGCCAGGAGCUGCUCGCUCCGUUCUCAGCUACGCUCGUCUUCUCGAGCGUGGGGGUUGGGUUGGCGACCAUCGCUCAGUUUUUUCCGUCUUAAUUGGGCAAAAUAUUUAUUUUCUCGGCUCCGCAUCGAGUAAGAAAAUUCCGUCAGCAAUUCGAAAUUGUUUUAGUCGUGUUCGGAUACAGAAGAAUCUUCGACCUCGGUUCCGUAGUAAGAUAUUAUUCGCAAUAAUGCCGAUAUAAGGAUUUUAUUUAUUCAUUAUGUAAAAAUAUAUAAAUUAUUAUAUAUUUUUAUGUUCCGUAACAGGUUCAUCUCUCUCUCUCUCCCUACAUUAUAUAUAUGUAAUUAUUCUUCUUAUUUCAAGUUCUAACACCACUCGGUGGGCAUUGCGCGGGAACGUUCAGUUGAGGCGCUUCAGCAGAUCGCUUCAAAGCUGAAGAUUCCGGAGACGCUGUGGAACUUCAGCGUGAAUCCUUGCACUCAAUGGAUUAAGGUAGACAGCAACUACACCCACAACGUCACCUGCCAGGAAAUCACCACGACCACGACAAACGCGACUGUGAACACCACCGCCUGGCAUGUCGUCAAGAUGUAUGCCCCUGCCGCUGUCCCCUCCUGUGUAGCACUCCCCUUAUCUUGUCUCGUCGAUGCCCGACUCUGACUGAUUCGUUGUUGUCGGGACAAAAUUGUGCUCAGCGAUAUCAAGAAGGCUAAUCUGUCUGGAGUGCUGCCGGAGGAGUUCGGCAAACUCAGUCACCUAUCCUCUUUGUGCGUUCCCCGACCUAAAGUCUUGUGUUUCUCCAUUCUUUCUUUUAAACUUUAACGAACCUAACAUCCCCGCGCUCAAUUUUCGUAUCCUCUGAAUCGGCGGAACUGGGCAGUGACCUCUCUCGGAACUACAUCAACGGCUCCAUACCUGCCACAAAUUGGACUUCCCUUCCUCUGAAAAGCUUGUAAAUCACCACCAUUCCGAUCCUUACAUCCCCGUCAACGCAAAUUUGAUUUCUCUAUUCCGUGGUCUAGAUGGUAGUGGAUCUAAGCAAGGGAUUUGUUGUGUACCACUGCAGAAACGUUCUGGCAAACCGUAUCUCGGGUACGAUUCCUGAGGAGAUAGGGAAUAUUACAACGCUUGAAGAACUGUAAUGCCUCCAUAUCCUCUUUGAAAAAAGACAUUUUCCUAACGAACCGGCAUUGUUUAUUUGAAACAGUUGGCAAUCGACAAGUUUUAUUUCUAAUUAAGCCUUUCUUUGAAGCGUCUUGGAGAGCAAUAUAAUGCAAGGGCCUAUUCCUCGUGGUCUCGGAAAGUUGGUUGAAUUACGGUCACUGUACGCCCCCCCUAGUUUCCGUUCUAUUCUACUUUCCCAUUGAAUUGUUCUUCUUUAUGUGAACCAAAGAGAAUGGAAAAAACUAUUAACUUCUAUGAUCGUCGCAAAUAAAUGUGAAUAUUAAAGAAAAUUAAUGGAAGACCAUCAUAUUAUUGCAGGCUUCUUUCUUGCAACAACUUCUCCGGUGAGCUUCCAGAAACCCUUGGUGACUUGACGAAUUUGACGAAUUUGUACGCUCUCAACUGUUACAUUUUUGGACUCCUUGAAUGGUUAAAGGAUCCUCUUGUUCUUGAUAAUCAGUGCUGGACUUUUCUUUUUUCAGUAGGAUUGACGGGACUGAGAUAUCUGGGAAGAUACCAAGCUUCAUUGGGAACUGGACGAAACUAAACAGACUGUAAGCCCAGCUGUCUUUAUUUAUCUUUUCCCAGCGCAGUUUAUCAUCUGAAAAGGAUGUCUCUACUACAUGCAAUUCUCAUGAGCUAUACGUUUUCUAAUGUCGCAGUGACAUGCAAGGAACAUUCAUGGAGGGUCCCUUUCCACCCGAGUUCUCAUCAUUACAGAAGUUAACGCAGUUGUACGUGUAGCUUUAGCCUUUUCCCGUACUCAGGGGUGUUGUCUGUGUUAGUGGACAGUAGUGAUAAUAGCUCUGUUGGCUUUUCUUUUGUAGGAGAGUCACUGACCUGAAAAAUGCCGGUGGUAGCUUCCCUCCCAUUGAGAAACUGUCAGAUUUAGAAGAGUUGUAAGACUACGAAUGUUAUUUAUCCACCCGCAUGAAUAUACUUUUGAAAAUUUGUUGACAGGUUUCCCUGUGUAAACACUGCCAGGGUUCUGCGAAAUUGCUCAAUAUCUGGCAGCAUCCCGGGUUACAUUGACACUUUUGCUCAACUGGAAAUCCUGUAAGUUCUUAUACAAAAAUAUUUGCAUAAUUUGUUGUUCGAGCGGUAAUCAUGUUUGCAUUUGACAAUUUUCUUUGAUAUUUUAGGUUAAAAGUCCGUUUCUAUGAUGCCUUGAAUAGGGGGAGACAUGCUGCAUCUUUUAGUUUGUUUAGAACAUCUGCAUGUGAUCGUCUGCAAGGUCUAGGGGCACUGCCGCAGAUAUCUCUGGACCACCUCUGUGGUGUAACUUCUUAAUUUGAAGCCAUCCAUGAGCCUGCAUUUUAGUAUGAUCAUAUUUUUUCGGUCUGUAUAUUCCCCAAAGGAAGCGUAGCAAUCGAGCUUGGUGCAGAUUUUUUGUUCAGCUACCCUUGUCUGAUGAUAGUAUGUAUAUGGCCGUUGAUGUUGGCAGUUGUCGGGCGAAAUAAUAUUUGGUCAUUCAUAACAUAGUCUCCAAUUUCCUUCUCUACCACAGAGGGAGAAAAACUGUAAUCGGGAACCCUAGUCAUAUCUUAUACCAUCAAAGAUGUGGGAGCCACUGGUUACUAAAGAUAUAGAAAAGGAUUCAGAUUUGCACUUAUUCUCGGGCCGAAUGUAAGUUAAUAAAUGAGAUUGUGGUCGUUACAUGUGUAGUGGUAUCAACCUUUGGGAGUAUUCCAUGGUACGUACUCUGAAAAAACCUUUAAAGGUUGGGAUUUUUGAGUAAUCUUAGAAUUGAAACCCAUUCGCAGAAAAUGAAUGAAUUUUAAGUUAAAAUUCCUAUACUAUUUUUCACGUAAAACUAGAAAAAUAGUCAACUUCAUCUUACUUUACAUACUUGUUCCCACAUCAAUGAUGUUCAUGCAGCCUUUUUUCUCGCUCUCGUAAUUGCUAGAUUAUCAUCAAUAUGGGUUUAUCAUGUCGAUCUUGAAAUGAGGACUCGUACCUUGAUAAUCAUUUUUUCUGGUCAUAGGGAGAACAAUUAUUUGUCUCCGCUUUUGCACAUUUUUGAUGGACUUGUGCUGCAGAGAUCUGAGCUUUAAUAAUUUGACGGGUGAAAUACCAAAAAGCUUUGAGAAUCUUGGACGCUUAACCACUAUGUAAGUGCCUGCAGAUUCGAUUCAGUCAAUGAUUCAACUUAAUAUGCUGGUGGGAAAGUCAGAAGAUUUAUACCGUUUCUGCUGAAGGAACGUUUUCAUGAUAAUUUUAUUGUAUCCCGCACUUGGUUUGAUUUUGCAUAAUCAGGUAUCUUACAAGCAACAAACUUACUGGAUCAAUACCCGAUUGGAUUAGGAGAACCAGAAAGAAGAUGUACGUUUGUCUUCCAGGCAAUAUUUUGCAUUUUAUGUCCCAGUGAAUUUUUUGUUGUGUAUGAAUCAUCAUCAUAACACAACGUUUAAAUGUCAGGGAUAUUUCUUACAAUACAUUCACCGAUCUUUCAUCUGCACCACCUAACUGUGAGCAAGAAUCACGGUAAGCAUGCUUUUUGUCUGUCGCACCUGUUGCUUUUAAUUAUUGUGUCUGGAAUUAAACUAUGUUUACCUAACUUGCAGGAACUACGUUGCCAGCUUUUCAUCGACCACAAGUGAUUCGUAGGUUUCUGACAUUGUUGAAGUCUAUAUUAUAUUAUGGGUAUCUCAAAAGUGUCUAAAUGAUUCACUCUCUCUGUUCAACCUUUGCAGGAUAGCGUCGUGUUUAAAAAAGGACCUCCCCUGUGAUGGCACACCUAAAAGUGGGUAUAAAUCUCCUUUCUACGAGACAGCUUCUGUACCUUUUCAGUUUGAUUUUUUUUCUUUUGCAUGGUUGGAGGAGAACAACCCUAUGAUUUGAAACUCUGACAUACGAACAUGACGUUCUCUUGAUUAAUUUUUUUUAUUUGGCUUUUCGGAACUUCUGCAGACUAUAACCUUUUCAUAAAUUGUGGAGGUGAAAGUGUGAUUGUUGACGGCAACGAAUAUGAACGUGACACAUCAGUGGAAGGCACAUCCAAGUAUGAGGUUUCCAGCAGCGGAAAGUGGGCUUAUAGCAGUACAGGAUACUUUAUUGGGGGAAGAAGCGACGCAUCAUUUGUAGCAGAAGCUACACCAUUAUCGGCAAUACCCAAUGCAGAAUUGUACAAAGCUGCUCGUUUGAAUCCUCUUUCUCUCAAAUACUAUGGUCUGUGCUUGCAGCCAGGAAAUUAUACAGUCAAACUUCACUUUGCUGAAAUAGUUUUCACCUCUGGGGCGACAUUUGGCAGUCUUGGAAGGCGUGUGUUUGAUGUAUUAAUUCAGGUCAUCUGGAUUCUUUGAACUUACAAUCUUGAUGAAUGCGUUUAGUUUAUUAUUUCUCCUUUAGAACCACAUCCAUGAUAUGCUUGUCAAUCACUUCGAGACGAUCAUUCCUAAUUAUUUCGUCCCACAAUAUCAUUCUCUAGCGUGGUUUAGUGUCAUAUAUGCUGAUUCUUAUUGGAGCUUCGUUCAUACAUACGGUUGUCAUUGAAGACCUCUUCGUAGCUUGGAUACAUGAUAUCAUUUCUUGAAAACGAGAAAUCACUUUCUAACACUUUAAAAAUGAGUUCAUUGAUAUUCAGUUAUUCCCUUUUCCGGUUCAUGGUUUUUUUUUCUGGGUACUUGUGCAUUAUAGUAUGUUGAUCCAGCUGAGAAAACUCAGCAUUGAAACAGGGAAACAAGGUGUUAAGAGACUUUAACAUCGUAGCGGCAGCCAAUGGAACUGGUAAGGAAGUUAUUAGGAAUUUUACUGCCCUUGUCGAGGUUGGCACAUUGGAGAUCCAUUUCGUGUGGUCUGGCAAAGGGACAAAUUCCAUUCCGGAUAGAGGUGUAUAUGGGCCACUCAUAUCAGCGAUUUCAGUAACACCAGGCAUGUAUAUGGAGAUAAUUCAGUGCCCCUUCUUUGCUACUUGAUUAUUUGAUUUUGACCUGUUAUUUUAAUUGUAGAUUUCACACCUCGUGUGUUUAA